UUGGACCCUAGUCCCGUUAAAUGAAGAUCCGUCCGUGUCGAGAGGGAGAAGGAGCCCGAACGAAAAACUUAAACUUUAAACGACUCGCCUCUCCGUUUGCCUGGAGUAGCAUGAGCCGCAGCCUCCAUCAUCAGUCGAGAAAAGAAAGAAACCAUCCCACGGUAUUGCACAGCUGUGUGGCAGCCCUCACCUGUGAAAGUGAAACGUAUAACACCUUAUUUACAGCUGGCCUCACUCCUACUGUCAGACUGGGCUGAAGACACUCCACUCUCAACUGCUGCUGCUGUUAUGGAGGAGAGUCAGCGUGCGUGAGUGGGAAUCCUGUCUGUGUGGAAAGGACUGAAGAGGAGGACGUAGAGGAGCUGAGCGGCAGACUGUACCAUGCCAGGCCAGGGAGAACAGCUCAAGUGCUGCCUCUCUCUGUAUUUCUGCGGCUGGAGUCCUCUGCUUUUGCUCGGACUGUUCUCUCUGCAUGUGCAGUCACACGGUAACAUACUGGACAGCAUGCUGCUACGAGGAUCCAGUAGAGAUGCGGUGGAGAGCGGAAAGGAGACGUCAGGCAGCAUCGCUCCGGCGUCGGCCUCCCACAGAUUCCUGUGGUGCUAUUGCUCUCACCACUGCCCAGAUGAUUCCACCAAUAACACUUGCAGGACUGACGGCUACUGCUUUACCAUGGUGGAGGAGGAGGGAGGAGUUCCUGUUCUGACUGCAGGUUGUUUGGGUCUGGUUGGAUCAGAGUUUCAGUGUAGGGACAUAGGGGGGUUUCGCCAAAGAAAGUCUCUAGAGUGCUGCACAGAUGAAGACUUCUGCAACAGAAACCUCCGUCCAACACUACCGCCACUCCAGCCCCCUCUCUACGUCGAUGGGAAGAUUCACCACAUGGCUCUGCUGAUUUCAGUCACUGUGUGCAGCAUCAUAUUGGCUGGAAUCAUUGUCUUCUGCUACUUGAGGUAUAAGCGUCAGGAGUCCCGUCCUCGGUACAGUAUCGGUCUGGAGCAGGAUGACACUUACAUUCCUCCCGGAGAAUCCCUGAAGGACCUGAUAGAGCAAUCUCAGAGUUCUGGAUCAGGCUCAGGGCUCCCUCUAUUGGUUCAGAGAACGAUAGCCAAGCAGAUUCACAUGGUUAAACAGAUUGGCAAAGGGAGGUAUGGAGAGGUGUGGAUGGGUAGGUGGAGGGGGGAAAAGGUGGCUGUAAAGGUUUUCUUCACUACAGAAGAAGCCAGUUGGUUCAGAGAGACUGAAAUCUACCAGACUGUCUUAAUGAGACAUGAGAAUAUCUUGGGUUUCAUAGCUGCAGAUAUCAAAGGAACUGGCUCCUGGACGCAGCUUUACUUAAUCACCGACUACCAUGAAAACGGAUCCUUGUAUGACUACCUCAAAUCUACCACUCUGGAUAACAAAGCUAUGCUGCGUCUGGCCUACUCGUCAGUGUCGGGGCUCUGUCAUCUCCACACAGAGAUCUUUGGCACGCAGGGGAAACCUGCUAUUGCUCACAGGGACCUGAAGAGUAAGAAUAUCCUGGUAAAAAGAAAUGGGACCUGUUGCAUCGCUGAUCUGGGACUGGCAGUCAAGUUCAUCAGUGACACCAACGAGGUAGACAUCCCUCCCAACACUCGAGUUGGCACAAAGCGCUACAUGCCUCCGGAGGUUCUGGAGGAGACCUUGAACAGAAGUCAUUUUCAGUCGUACAUCAUGGCUGAUAUGUACAGCUUUGGGCUCAUCCUGUGGGAGAUCGCUCGGCGUUGUGUCUCAGGAGGAAUCCUUGAGGAGUAUCAGUUACCUUAUCACGACUUAGUUCCUACAGACCCGUCGUAUGAAGAUAUGAGGGAGGUGGUCUGCAUCAAAAAGCUGCGACCAUCGUUUCCAAAUCGAUGGACAAGUGAUGAGUGUUUAAGGCAGAUGGGAAAGCUGAUGACAGAAUGCUGGGCCCAUAACCCCGCCUGCCGCCUCACAGCACUACGGGUCAAAAAGACACUUGCGAAAAUGUCAGAAUCGCAGGAUAUCAAGCUGUGAGUUUGCAGUGCUAGCUGUGCACAGAAAGUCGACUGACAAUCACUCGGAUUCUGGUCCAUUCCGUGCUAGCCUUGCUUUCUGGAGAAGGAAAAGGGAGAAGAAACUUCAAGGGUCCUAUCACUCUGAAUCCACGCUCCAUGAAGUCUGCAACCAACCCAAAUGAAGACGUGUCUUAAUGUGGCUCUGUUAGGUCCAUCUUUUGACGUCAUGUCAGAUUAGACAGAAGACUUUAAAACCGUGUAGAUUCCUAUGUUCCAAAGGUUUUGGAUAGGAAAUGUGACAUGUGACUGUGGCUGCAGAGAAACUCCAACAGGCUACUGACCAGUAAGUGGAAUGUUGUAUCCAUGCUUUCUGUGAAAGCUUCCCUACAUGUAAACAAAGCUCUGGUAGAUAGAAAUGAAGGGAUGUGCUUUAAAGCACAUGAAUUCUUUUUUGCAACAAACACCUCUUUUCUAAACACACAUUGCCCCACUACUGGCUUUAUACUAUUAUUAUUAAUAUUAUUGAUAUUAUUAUUAUUGAGCAAACACAUUUUUGUCACUCUUAAGUGAUCUGCUUUUGGCAACAGGGCCCAACUAAGAGACAAAAGUAUUUUUUUAGGUUUUACUGUCAUUUUAUUUUGUUCGUUGUGAUAUUGUUUGUAGACACUGAAGAAUUUAAUUUAGUUUGUACGUUGUGAUAGGCUGACUGAAUUUGGAAAAGUCCGUUCUCCGUGUAAAAGCUGGAAUCUAUAAAUCUGUAUGUUCAGAAAUAAAGUUUUUAAGUUCAAGUACGUUCUA